AUGAUGCAUGAACUUACAAGAAUAAUACCGCCGUGGUGCAUUAAAGUUCGUAGCCUGCUGCCUUAUAGAGGUCUUUCUGCAGUAAACGGCAAAGAAGAUAUAAUUCUUUGUCCUUACCCUACUAAAUGUUGCCUUAAAAAACUCGAGAAGGAAACAUGCGAGUUGCAGAUCUUGAAGAAAGGGGAAGGAGAAGAUAUCAAAUGCAACUACUUAGCUGUCGAUGAAGACGACACAGUGUGCUUGCUGACACAUUAUGGUCAAGAGAGUCGUUAUGACCUAUUUAUUUGUGAUUCAAAUGGAAAAGUUAUUCACCAUAACCCCAUAGAAUUCUCAAAGGGGAAGGAAUAUCGGUGUUUGGGAAUAACCAAAGAUAAAAAACUUGUUUUCUGUUGUGAAUUUGAACAGAAUGUGUAUACAUUAGACAAAACCGUCCUUUACAUAUUUGACAGGAACGGACAGAAGAAUACUUUUCCUGUACGCAUUUCUGACAAACGAGUUGUAAAGGACAUGUUUAGUUCCAAUUCUAACGAAAUUGUACUUGUUACAGUAAGAAAACACGACACUAAAUCUAAAUCUAUUGUUCUUUAUCUUUACUCAGACGACGGACGUUUAGAACGAGAGGUUAAACUAAAACUGCCUGUUGAUUCGGGAUCUCCGAGCUCUUGUACUGUAAGAUACGACUAUCGGGCAAAUAAUUUCAUAUGUUUGGCUCUUAAAAUGAUCGGCGGCAUGCGCAUGUGCAGAUAUCUACAGUUUUGCUCAGAAACUGGUGAAUUACGAAAAUCGUGUGACUUGAACUUUAAACAUCUAGGGUUUAACAAGCCAAAUCUUACCUGUCAUCCAAAGGGUAAUGUGGCUUUG